CAUUCCAUUCACUGCUGAAUACAAUAACAAACUCGGUCACUUCCACGUCAUUUUUGACAGGUUUUAUAAACCAACAUGUCCCUCUAUACCGAAUAAUGCCACCACAUAAUCUCAUUUAUGAAAAAUGAGUUUAACACACACCACGGAAAAUUUACUUUCUAGCUAAAUAGUUGAUGACAUUUUGGUAUUGCAAUACCAUGUAAAAUAUGGGCCAAGCUUUGUGGAAAAUAAAUACAAAUAACAUUGAGAAGAACUUAGAAAAAAACUUAGAUAAAAAUACCAAACAAAACAAUGCAGUGACUAAGUUUCAAGAUUUACAGAACCUCCCACCUGAGUUAGGCCUAGCUGUUUUGUCACAUCUCAACGCCACAGAUCUAUGCCUUGCUGCCUGUGUUUGGGAUAACUUAGCUAAUGAUGAGCUAUUGUGGAUGGGACUAUGUAAAGACUCCUGGGGCUAUGUUAGUAUUUACAAACGCAUACAGAAUCAAAAAGUCUCCUUCAAAAAUCUUUACAUGAUCCUUGAUGAAGCCUCAUUAACUUUUAAUGGUGAUGCUUUUGAGGGAGAAGAGUAUUUGUUUAGACAGGGUUUAGUAGAAAACAGUCCAAUGGAAAUAGCAAAAUUCUUACAUUUGACUAAAAAGAUUAAACCUAGUAAGAAAAGAGAAUAUCUAAAUCAAAGGCGAGAUGUAUUAGAUAAGUUAGUACAUCUACAGAACUUCGAGAUGCAGUUUCUACCCAAUGCUUUGAGGAAUUUAUUUGGUACAAUUUCUGCACCAGAACAGAGAGGUGGUCUACUUACAGAAAUGAUGGAGAAAUUUUCUGAAAGAUUUUGUUUAUGUAAUCCUAACUUAGGACUAUCUAAAGAUACUGUGUUUGUGUUGUGUUUUUCACUGAUCAUGUUAUCUGUGGACCUAACCAGUCCAGCUGUAAAGAACAAAAUGUCAAAAAGAGAAUUUAUCAAAAAUACAAAGAGAGCAGCACUUGGUGUAGAUGAAGAUUUUGCAGGUCAUCUCUAUGACAACAUAUACCUAAUAGGACAUGUGGCAAGAGAGGAUACCGAUUAAAAAGUGGUUCUUAGAGAUAUUUUUGUUAUUUAACUGGACAUAAAUAUUUUGUUACUUUUUACUAGACUAGUAGAUAAUGAAGCCACCAAUUUGAAGUUUGAAAUUCCUUUUUUUUCAAAUUGAAUAGAAAGAACCUAAACACUAAACUUUCAUGAUGCUCCAAUCAAUAUUGUACUGCAAAUAAAUUGUUUAAGGUGGUACCUAACACUACAGGGAGAUAACUCUGUAAAGUCAGCUUAACGUUUUAAUUACGUUGUGUUGUAAAAAGGAUAUCAAGCUUCUCAAUGAUCAAAACUGGUGUUUGUCAAACUGCAAUAUAACCAGUGUUAUUUUUCUGACAAAACGGUUGGUUUAAAAAUUUUGAAACUUUUAUAUUUUUGUACAAGGAUCGAAGUAAGUACUUUGACAAAAUUUUAUGAAAAUUUAACGAGCCAAAUUAAUUUUAGUGAAAGUGUUUGGUACCACCUUAAAGCAACAUUUUUCUAAAUUUUUUAGAUAGCUGAUAUUAAAAUUUGAACCCUUGUUAAAAAAAAUAUUUUUAAACAAAAAAAAAUAUUUUUAAACCAAAAAAAUAUUUCUAAACAAAAUGAUUGAAUACAUUUGUUGAUAGUUUCAAUAAAAAAUAUUGUCCCAUGACUAUUAAAGUGUUAUCCAGUAGAAGGCCAGUAAAUAUUUUGCUUCAAGGUUGUUAAAAUGAACUUAUAGCUUUUUUCCAAAUUUUCACAAACUUUUUUUUAUUUUCUUGCAAUACAAAGAUUUAGUUAAUACAAAGAUUUAGUUAAAAUCUUUGUCCAAUCAUUUCCCCCAAAAACUUUUUGUCAAAUAGUCAGAUUUUGAUGAUUUAUUUAUUUUGGUAAAUCUUGCUUUAUUAAAGUGUUAUUAAGUGGGCUCGCAGGAAUAAAUUGAUUUUUCUUAAAUAUAGGAUUUCCCUAUUUUUUUCUAUAAGUGAACGUUAUCAUAUACUUAAUAGAAAAAUAAAAUAAAUGAAUGGGGUCACUGUUAAUUUAAGCUCACAAUAUGACUUCAAAGAAGCCUGCAUUGUUGUUAAGGUAC